AUGCAGCAGCGAAUUGACCUCCAUUGCCACGCCGUGGCUCCAGGGUAUCGUCAAUAUGCUAUCGAUAACGGUCACGAAAAGCCCGAUGGCAUGCCUGCUCUCCCUCAAUGGAGUCCCGAGCAACAUAUUGCCCUUAUGGACAAGCUGAACAUCAGCAAAUCUGUAUUGAGCAUCACCUCACCAGGCACGAACUUGACGCCAAAGACCAAGGGAAAUGCAGCACGUCUAACUCGUCAAGUUAAUGAGGAGCUCUCCUCCAUCUGCAAUGACCAUCCAUCGCGCUUUGGUUUCUUUGCGUCGCUGCCUUUGCCUCUUGUCGAUGAGUCCAUUGCCGAGAUCGACUAUGCGUUAGACAAGCUUGGGGCCCUAGGAUUUGCUGUCUUAUCGAAUGCCAACGGUGUGUAUCUAGGCGAUGACGAACUCGAUGCUGUAUUUUCGCAUCUGAACGCUCGCAAGACUGUAUUGUUCAUCCAUCCGACGACAUGCAACAUUCUUGGCUCUGUGCCUUUCGAGCCGAAUGCUGAACCGCAGCUACAAGCAGUCAAGCCACUUGAGAAGUAUCCCCGGCCAAUGAUGGAGUUCAUGUUUGACGAGACUCGCGCCGUGGCAAAUUUGCUUCUCUCAGGAACUGUUGCCAAGUACGCAGAUAUCAAGUACAUCAUGUCUCACUGCGGCUGCGCACUGCCUUCGAUGCUUGAUCGCAUUGGUGCUUUCGCGACUCUCAUAUCAGGUGCAGAGAGUCAGACUGCAGAGUUUCAGAGAUUAUUGCGUGAGAGGUUUUUCUUCGAUCUUGCUGGGUUUCCUUUGCCUAACGCUAUUCAUGGCCUGCUCAGAAUCCUGGGAGAGGGAGGAGAACAGAGGUUGGUUUAUGGGACGGACUAUCCCUUUACACCUGAAAGAUUGGUGGUGGGUUUGGCAGAUGUCAUGGAUAAGGGGUUGAAAGACAUAUUUGAUGAGGCUCAACAUAACGCUGUGUAUGUAAAAAACGCGAAAAGACUUUUGGACCUAUGA